CAUAGCGCAGUCAAGAUGGCGUUCCACCAAGUGAAAUUACUUGUUAGAAAAAGUAUGUGAAAAAAAAUGCCGCGGAAAGCUUGAGAACGACGCGUGCGAGUUUAAGUCUUGAGUGAAGUUUCGGUGACACAAUAAAUUCUCGUGGUUUCGCCAUGCAUUUUAGAUGAAAAGAAUUCAAACGUCAGAAUAGAAACGAUGCAUGUAUUAACCCAAGUGACAAGGUUUGUUCGCUGAUCUUCGGACAUUGCGGAGAACCGUGAUCGUCGAGCGGCGAACAACGACGCUAUGGCGUCCAUCGGACGUGUGUAUGUGUGUGUCAUUAUUUUUAAUCCGCAAUUAACGGCUAAUUAAGCAGUCGUAACUGUGGAUCACAAGUAGAAUUCAAUGCGUGUGAAAUUCGCGUUACCGGUUGUUAAACGCGACUUCUUAGUGUUAGUCGUCGAACCGGAUCGGUUUAUGCAAAAACAAACAUUCUGGGUUGCUUUCAUUUCCCCUGUUUGACAGCUCCUAAUCUAAAUUACUUGGAACAGUAUGAAUAUUUUAUUUCGAUUUCUUUGAUUACAUUGUCACAAACUAAAUUGUGCUUCUGCUAUAAUUCUCUCAUUAAAGAGUAUGGCACAAAUCGUUACUGUUAGAAUUUAUUCGUGAGCUCGAGAAUGUGAUUAAACUGAUUUUUCAACAAGUGUGCUUAAUUGCAAGUGUUUAUAAUUCAUAGCUUAUAUAUCAUUUUGAAAUAUUUUGUUUUUAAAUCUCUUUAUAAUAUGUCAAUGCAUGCAAUUUCUCAUUGUUAUACAGGAAAGUGACAAGACAUUCCAUGAUUUCAUAUAAAAUUUUAGUUAAAUACAUUGUGACUUAAUGAACUUUUCACAUCAUGUCAAAUAGUUUGGACAGCUUUUUAACACGUAUUGGGGAUGUCACUAUAGAACGUGUGACUCCUCGUUCAGGCCCUAAGCCUAAUGAAACAGUAAUGUCAACUGAAACUGCAACAAAUACAAAUAUGAAUAAUAUAGAGUCUCAAACAGGAAAUGAUGAAAGUUCAGAGGAAUCUAGUAGUGAAACAUCUGAUGGAGAACAUGAUAAGAAAAAUGAUACGUUACAGUCAGAGGAAAUAGAAGAAAUACGUUCAGAAGGAUCAGGAGACGAUAUGGAUUUAGAUGAAACAAUUGAUUCACAAAUUGGUGUACGAGCAGAAUCAGAACGGCAUCAUUCUCAAGUUGAAGAGGAUGAUGAAGAGCCAGUUAAUAUAUUAGAUACUUUACCAUUAGAAGGAGCCCCAAUUGAGGGUCAAGAAGUAUCUGAAGCAGAUUUACUUGGAAAAUCAAUUUCAAAGGAUACAGAUGAUGAAGGAAGCAUAGGACAUGAAAAUGACAAACAUGAAGGUCAUUCUAUGGAAGAAGAAAGUACAGAAAGUAACAAGAGGCAUGCUGAUUCAGAACAUUCUGAUACAGUUAAAAAGAAGCAGAAAAAAGAUGAUGGAACUGAAGGAUCUACAUCAGAAUGUGAAACAAAAACAGAAAAGAAAUUAGCAAAUAUGAGAAGAAAUAUUCGAGAAGUUAUGGAUGAAACUCAACUUGAUGAAGCUACUUUAUCAGCUCAAAGACAAGAAAUGGAGCGUCUUCGCAGAGUACAAGAACAGCAAAGAAUAAUUCGUGAAGUUCAACGGCAAAUAGCAAUAAAUAGACAAAAUAAUAAAACACAAACAAGAGUAAUCAGUCUAUUACAAGGUAAACAGAAUCAAGCAGGCACUACUAUUUCGCAAUCAUCUCCAUCUGCUCCAGUUCGUUUACCAAAUACAGUGCUUCUUAAAGUAAAUUCUGGAUCUGGAACUGGAUCUCAAACUACUUCUAGUAUGCAAACAAAUCAAAUACAAAGAAGAUCAGUAGAAGGAUCUCGAUGGCAAAAAGGUAGAGGUGUUUAUCAAGGAGCACAAACAUCAAUUUCACGAGUUGCAAAUCGUCCUAGUGGCCCUAAUAUGUUACAACAAAGAAUUCGAAUGAUGACUCCUUCAGUAAGCAUAUCUCCUGUAGUUCCUAAAAAGGAACCUAUGGAUAGAUCUGAAUAUUAUUCAGAUUCUGAAAUCUCGGAUAUAGAAGCUGAAGAAGCUUUACGUGAAAAACAAAUACAUACUGUUAAAAAAGUAUCAGCUGGACCAAAGUCUCAAAAAACAGCUAAAGGCAAAGAUGUGGUUACAAUAUCUAGUUCUAGCGAAAGUUCAGAUGAUGAUUGCAUAGUUUUAAGUGAUCCAAGUGGUGGAGAAGAUACAGACAACGAAGAUGAUCCAUCCAAUUCUGGUAUGCAUACUAAUGAUAGAUAUAACAUUCCAGAUGAACAUGGUAGAGUGUUAAUAAAUGUGGGUCAUCCUGAAACAGAGCCUGAUGUAUUUUUAGCUCCACAGGUAGCUCGUAUUAUUAAACCUCAUCAAAUUGGUGGUAUUCGUUUUCUUUAUGAUAAUAUUGUUGAAAGUAUUGAAAGAUUUAAAACUAGCUCUGGUUUUGGUUGUAUUCUUGCUCACAGUAUGGGUUUGGGAAAAACACUUCAAGUUGCUAGUUUCUGCGAUAUUUUUUUCCGAUGUACUACUUCUAAAACAGUCUUAUGUAUUAUGCCUAUUAAUACAUUGCAAAAUUGGUUAACAGAAUUUAAUAUGUGGUUGCCAUACGAAGAUCCUAAUGUUUCAGAAAAACAUAGCAAAGGGUCAUGUAUCAAAUCAGAAUCUAUUAUGGAGCUUAAACAAGAAGUUAAAGAUGAAAGUGGGAAUCAGAGUGAUAUAUCAAACAUGUCAAGUAUGUCAAAUAUAUCAAGGCCUAUUAGUACAGAAUCAGCUCAUCGUUUUGGACAAGAAAGUACAUCUCAAUCUAUAAAUAUUAUGCCAGAAAAUCCAUAUAUUCAUCAAGGAUAUGAAACGCAUAACAUGUUACCUAGUUAUGUACAGGAUAAUAUGUUAAAUAAAAAUAUAUCAGAUUCGCAAGUACAUAUAAAUGAAAAUUAUCAUAAUGAUAUUUCACAAAAUACAAUAUAUAAUGCAAAUGCUAAUCCAAUGUCUACAUUUGAUUCAAUGAAAUCAGAAGUAAAUUGUCAUGGCAUGCAACAAAGAUCAAACAUGCCAGAUACAAAAUUUGGAGUGGAAAAUCAAAAUUCUAAUAACAUAUAUUCUGGUUUAGAAAAUCGAUCACAAACUUCCAUAUAUCCAGGUAUGGAAGUUCGAAAUCCUAAUACUUUAUAUCAUGGAGUAGAAAGUCAUCAUUCUGUAUCUAUGUAUCCUAAUUAUGAUAAUUCUACUAAUUCUUUUUCUAAUUAUUCAAAUCGAUCAACUCAAGAGUCAGAUCAAGAUCCAAGAAAAGAUUGUUUUAAAAAUACUUUAUCUUCUAUAAAUUCAGAAGUUAAUGUAAAGAAAGAACCAGAAGAAACAGUUAAAAAAGAGGAAAGUACUUGUACAACAAAAGAGGAAACAAUAAGCGAAGAGAAAAAGGAAAUUGAAAAAAUUAAAACUCCAUUUAUUGUAGAUGCUCCUAUUGGUAUGGAAGUAAGACCACGACAUUUUCGUUUGCAUAUCUUAAAUGAUUCUCAUAAAACCAUGGCGGCAAGAGCUAAAAUAAUUCAAGAUUGGCAAAUAGGGGGUGGAGUUUUAUUAAUUGGAUAUGAAUUAUAUAGACAAUUAUCUUUAAAAAAGCCAAACAAAGCAAAAAGAAAACGUGGACAACCUUUCAAAGAUACUGUUGAUGUUGAAGAAGAAGAAAAAAAUAAAGGAUUAUUAGAUGAAAUGCAUACAGCUUUAGUUAAUCCAGGUCCUGAUUUAGUUAUAUGUGAUGAAGGCCAUAGAAUAAAAAAUUCCCAUGCUAGUAUUAGUAUGGCUCUGAAACAAAUGCGCACAAAACGUAGAAUAGUAUUAACUGGAUAUCCAUUACAAAAUAAUCUUUUAGAAUAUUGGUGCAUGGUUGACUUUGUAAGACCUAAUUAUUUGGGAACUAAAAGUGAAUUUUGUAAUAUGUUUGAAAGACCAAUUCAGAAUGGUCAAUGUAUUGAUUCAACACCACAAGAUAUACGUUUAAUGAGAUAUCGUGCACACGUAUUACAUGCUUUAUUAGAAGGUUUUGUACAAAGAAGAUCUCAUUCUGUAUUACAAGUUUCUUUACCACGUAAAGAAGAAUAUAUUCUUCUUGUUCGAAUGACAUCACAUCAGCGUAAAUUAUAUGAUACCUUUAUGAAUCAAGUAGUAAAGACGCGUGCAGUACCUAAUCCGCUGAAGGCUUUUGCAGUAUGUUGUAAAAUUUGGAAUCAUCCUGAUAUUUUAUAUCAUUUUCUGCGUAAACGACAAGCAAAUGAAGAAGAUGAUUUAGAUUUAGAAGAAACAAUUGGUGAAAAAUCUACACCUGGAGGUAAACGUUCGAAAGCUCGGCAAUCAAAAGGAGAAACCAGAAAAGGAAAGAAAACAAAUACAACUAUAAAAAACAAACCAGCAGCUAGUGUACAACCUAAUGCUUCAUCAUCUAAUACUGAAAAUGUAGAGAAUGAUAAUUCACAUACUACUCCAAAACAGAAUAAUUAUUCCAAUUAUCCUCCUAUGCCAAUGAAUAAUUCAGGAUAUUCAAAUUCUAUAUCACAAAAUUCUUAUCCUCAUGGUUAUCAAAAUUAUAGAUCAAAUGACCAAAAUACAUAUUAUAGAAAUGACAAUAGCCAUGGAGAAUAUAAUGAAUUUUAUAAUAAUCAAGGAUCACAAAGAUAUGGAAAUCAAUCAUUUCAAACAUAUACACAAACUCCAGGAUAUAAUACAUCACAAAAUUACUCUAAUCAAUCACAAAAUUAUAUACCAAACAAUGAACAAUCUACAAAUAAUCAUUCUCAACGAUAUCCAACUACUCCUUCCAAUUCAGAAUUUCGUUCAGAUCAGAAUCAAGGAAAUAAUUAUGAAGUAUCUGGAAUGUAUUCACGUCAAUCUUAUCCUUAUCAAGAUCAUGGACGUAAUUAUGGAUCAAAUUUAAAUCCAGGAUCUAAUAAUUAUUCUCAAGUUCCAAAUCAAUCUUCUUUUCAAUCACAAAUGCCAAAUCAAUCUGCAAAUAUGCCAUUACCAGAUUAUUCUCCAUAUGCAUCAAAUCAAACUCAAAAUUACAAUUCUGGAACAAGUCAAACGAAUACUAUAUAUUCAAGAAAUGAAAGUCAAUCAUUACAAAAUCCUACAUUAGGAUAUAAUACAAAUCAACAAGGACAAAAUUCAACACCUCAAACGCCAAAUGUUGCAUAUCUUCCAAGUCAACAAGGACAAAAUACGACAACUGCUCAAAAUCGUGGCUUUUCUCCAAAUCAACAAAAUCAGAAUCUUCCUUUACAAAGUUCUUCUCAUACUUAUGGUGGCUCACAAUCACAAAGUAUACCAUUAUCUAACCAAGCCCACAAUUAUCCUACUCAAGUAAAUUCAAAUCCUUCAUCACAAACAUCACUUACUUUUAAUCAACAAUCUCCAACUCCUAUGCCACAGAGUCAAUCUCAUCCAUAUAUGACAAAUUCAUCAAAUCAAGCAUCAAUUUCACAAAAUCAAAUGCGUGGAUAUCCUACAUCAACUCAAAAUCAAAUAAAUGUGCCACAAAAUUCAUCUUCAUAUCCUACUAGCCAAUCAGCUUCAAAUGCUCCCACUCAAACACAUGGAUAUCCUCAAGAUCAGCAAGGAUCAGUUGCUAAUACACAAAAUACUAUGCAUGGAUAUUCACAUCUUGUAUCUCCAUCUACAUCACAAAAUCAACCUUAUCCGCCUAAUAUACAAAAUCAAACAGGAAGCUCAUCAAAUGCAAAUCAUGCUUAUGGUUCAAAUCAUCAAGGUUCAGCAUCAAUACCAUCAGCUUCAACUCAUAGAUACAAUACUUCUCAACAAGGACAAAUUUCACAAUCUCAAAAUCAAUCUCUUUCAUAUUCUCAAAAUCAGCAAGCACCAACUUCUUUAAAUCAAAAUGAUCAACUAUAUUCCAGAUCAGAUAAUCAACAACAAACUCAAAAUUAUACAUCAACAGCUAAUACAUCCCAUGAAUUUUCAACAGAUCGUCAAAGUGGAGGUUCAUCUACAAAUCCUACAAAUAAUUAUUCAGUAAAUCAAACAUCAUCUCAAAAUACUGUUUUAUCAAAUUAUUCAUCAGAUAGUGCUCAUCAAAAUCAAGUAAAUCAAAUGAAAGGUUCAGAAGACUCUUAUUGGCAAAGAAAUUAUUCUCAAUCAUUUCAAUCUGAUCAGUGUAAUGAUCCAUAUUAUCGGGAUGUAAAUCCUAAUGUGAAUCGAUAUCAAAAUAAUUAUUUUCCAUCACAAAAUUAUCAAAAUCAAUCUUACGAUUAUAGUAAUAAUCAUAAUUCAGAUACUAAUACACGUACAGAAGAUGCAAAAUGUCAACAAUCUUCUACUCAUAUCCAAAAUUCAGGAUCUUCUGAAAAGAACAAAAAUAAUAAAGAAAUGACAUCAAGUGUUGGUGUGCAAAGUCAACCAAUUCAUCAAAAUAAUCUAUCUACAAAUUCAGGCUAUAAUUCUGAAUCAAAUUGUCAAACUUCAGUUUCUAGAUCUGUGCAAAGUCUUAAUACAUUGCAUAGUCCUCGAUUAAAUCAAAAUGAUUUAAUAAAAGAAGAGGAAAAAGACAAAGAAGACUUAUUAGAUAAAGAUAAAGAAGACAAGUCUGAUGAUGAAGUUCUUACAAAAGAUGAAGAAAAAGAUAGUAAAAGUUCUCCAGGAGGAAAAGAAGAUCCUGGAAUUCCAUAUGAUUGGGCAACAGAAUUGAUGAAGGGUUAUGUACCAGGAUUGAUUGAUGCUUCUGCGAAAAUGACAAUUUUCUUUUGUAUUUUGGAAGAAGCAAUUAAACUCGGUGAUCGUGUUUUAGCAUUUUCUCAAUCACUAUUUACAUUGAAUCUCAUUGAAGAUUUUUUAUCUAGAAAUAGUUUAAAAUAUCCUGAUGGGCAAACAGAUGCUUGGAUUAAAAAUGUAAAUUAUUAUCGUCUGGAUGGUAGUACUAGCGCUUUAGAAAGAGAAAAACUCAUUAAUGAAUUUAAUAAUAAUCCAAAAAUUCAUCUGUUCCUUGUUUCAACACGUGCUGGUUCACUCGGCAUUAAUCUUGUUGGCGCUAAUCGUGCCAUUGUAUUUGAUGCUUCUUGGAAUCCUUGUCAUGAUACACAAGCUGUUUGUAGAGUGUAUAGAUAUGGACAACAGAAACCUUGUUUUGUUUAUCGUUUAGUUACUGACAAUUGUUUAGAAAGAAAAAUAUAUGAUAGACAAAUUAGUAAGCAAGGAAUGGCUGAUCGUGUGGUUGAUCAAUGCAAUCCAGAUGCCCAUCUUUCUUUGAAAGAAGCAACUACAUUAUCUUGGGAUUGGGAAGAAGAUAGUCAAAUACAAGAUUUUUCUCAAACAAAAGAUAGUUAUUCUGAUGAAGUUAUGCAUCGUGUAUUAGAACGUCAUUCUUCAUUAUUAACAAAACAGCCUUUUCAUCAUGAAAGUCUUUUGGUCGAUAGAAAAGAUAAAAAACUCAGUCAAGCUGAAAAACGAUUAGCUCGUCGUGGCUAUGAACUUGAAAAAAUGGCAGCCAAUUGUUCUAGACCCAGUUAUAAUUAUGUUCCUGGAAAUACUGCUACACGGGCAGGUGGAUUACAAAUUCGAGCAAUUCGAGGUGGUGAUAAUAGUACUACUUCUAAACCAGUUGCUUCGGUUAGACCAAUGCAGCAACGUGGUGCUGAAGGUUUGGGAUCGCGUAGUGUGACAGGAAGUCGUUGGAUACCAGCAGAAGUAUGGCAAAGACAAGGAAUGAGUGCACAAGAAAUGACGUUACCGUUAGAUGUUGUUAUUCCUACGAAUUCCCCUGAUAAAGGUAGUAUUGUGUUGAAAGCUGGUCAACGAGUAAUGGUGCUAAAAAGUCCAAAAGGCAUUUAUAUGCAAUUAGAAUCUGGUAAAAUUAUUGCUAUUCGAACGGCUCUUAAAUUGAAUCAACAAAAACGAGAGGAAGAACCUAAAAAAGGCGUAUCAUCAAUGACGCAAAGAAAUUCAAAACCAGAAGUUGGAUUUCCAUUGAGAAAUAAUUCAGCCAUAUCCAUAAUACCAAAAUCAUCUUCAAGUAAUCAAACAAGUGGGCGUUCGAUUAAUAAACCAGGAAAUGGACCUAAUUAUAGGCCAUUUGCUGACAAAGAAACUUCAAAAAGACCAAAACCUGUUGCUACAGCAACUGCUAAACCUUAUAUGAGUCAUGUUAAUUUAACUAAUCAAGUUUCUCUAUCAAGAUUACCAAAAGUAAAACAGGAACCAGUAGAUCAUUCGACACUCGGAGAAAAUUCAAAUUCUUCGGAUGGUCAAGUUAGAACUGAACAAAGAGUAGAAGAAGUUAGAUUGGAGGAUGUGGUUGCGGAAGUAAGUUCAAAUACAGAUUAUAGUCCUCCUAAUCAUAAUCGUGUAACCAAUUCAGAUACUGAUACUGCUCUACAAAAAUCAUCUGAGGAAAAUAGUCAAGUAUAUUCGGAUUCUGUAACUGCACAAGGUGUUCAAACGCAACAUGAUCAAGAAACAGAAUUAACAUCAAAAAUAGAUAAACAAUGUUCUCCUCCAAUUGAAAAAGAAAUCAUGAAAACAACUGAUACAUUAACAAAUUAUGGGCAUAAUUUUCAAAAUCAACAAGAAAAAAGAGACACAUCUAAUGAUGAAAUUAUAAUUGAAGAUCCAUCGCCGGUAUCCUCUCAAAUUCAAUCGCAAAUACCAUCACAAAUACCGCCACAAGUAUCUCCACAAAUACAAGUAUCACAGCCAAUAUCAUCUCAGAUACCAUCUCAAGUACAAUCACAAAUAUUAUCUCAGAUACCACCGCAGUUACCGUCACAGAUAUCAUCACAGAUAUCUUCUCAGUUAUCAUCACAAGGACCACCACAAAUACCACCUCAAACAUCACCACAAGUUGUAACACAAUCAACACCAUCUGGUCCACUACAACCGUUGUUAACGCAACAAUCUACACCAUCAACUAUGCAAAUACCACCAACAUCUACAUUACGAGGUGCAGAAGUUCCUAAAGAUAUAACAGAUUCAACUAUUGGCUCCUCUACUACAUCUAUAUGUACUGGAACAAAUACUAUGACAUCUCCGAAAACAACAGAGCCAAGUAUGCGUGAAACUUCUAUACAAAGUGAACCUCCUAAUGUUCCACAAGGUUACCCUUAUGCUCAGUAUCCACGAUAUUAUGAUUAUAGUGAUCCUCGAUCACGAUCAUUAUCUACUCCUUAUGGUACAUAUUUCCCUGGUGUUCCACCUCAUGCAGCAAAUCCUAGAUUACCAAUGGAUUCCACAAAAACUCAGCCAGACUUAGGAAAAUCUAUAGAAGAAAGGACAAUGAUGAAUAUGCCUCCUGCAUAUUCACAAGUACCUAAUACUACUGCCAAAACAUUAGCAAAUACCACAGAAACGAAAGGUGCAGAAAUGGUAACUACAACAGUAGCUACUACUCCUAGUAGAGAUGAAACGCACAUACCCACUGCGUUUAGUCAUCCUACGAGUAGUCGUUAUCCUGGACCUUAUCCACCAGGACCGUAUGAUCCAUAUUCACAACAUUAUCCUCCAACACCCGGUUCGUCAGCAACUUAUCCACCAGGUGUAGGUGCUCCUGGAUAUCCAGCAUAUGGUGGACCAAGUUACAACACGGAAUAUGCUCGUAUGUAUACAGCGUUUCAUGGUCCUCCUCCACCAGCAGAUCCUUAUAUACAUAGAGGUUAUGCACCCCCUUCUUCGCAUCCACCUAAUUAUUAUCCUCCAUUCCCACAUCCACCACCUCCUUAUCCCAAUUAUUCCUUUUUAUCACCAUAUCCAAAUCCUAAUAUGCCUAGCGAGCCACAACCACCUGCUCAGUAGGAAACUUAAGUGGUAUUACGAAAAAAUGAUUAGUUUAAUAAUUUCAUAAAAUGUCGCAUAUUGCGAAAGUUCAAAGGCUGUCGCGAUUCAGAAGCUUAAUAGACUGAAGCUGUAAAACGCAUUGAUGUAAAUAUUUAGUCACAAGUAUUGUAUUAAGAUAAUAAAUUUGCGCAGGUACUUUUUUUUUUAAAGUACCAUUUAUGUCACUAUGGAAGGAGAUUAGAUAAUCUCAAUUAACUUUGAACUGUGCAAUUUGUUGAAAUGUUCAGAAUAUUUAGCCUUGACUGUCAUGCCGUUUUACGAUGCGUUUAUUCGAGUAAAUAACAUGUUAGUGGUUACGAGUAUAAAUAAUUUCUCGAUUUAAUAUUCCAUAGUUUCAUGGAAGUAUUUAUAUUUUUUAUAGCAUAUGAAUAUUUUGAUUUUACGAAUUUUAAGUAAGAACUCUUAAAGUACAAUUAUAGCAUUUGGAAAUAUUUUUGACUAGCAUUUCUUAUUUAUUUUUAUUAUUUUUAAUGACAAAGAUUAAUGAACACAAAUGAUACUAGGAAUAUUGAAUGAGAAAUAAUUUUGUACAUUUUAAACGAAUAAUAUAAAGAAGAAAGGAAUGCUGUAUACUAUCAUUUAGCUUUGUGCAUAAAUGCUAUAUUAAUCUCAUUUUUAUAUUUUGCAAUGAAAAAAAGGGAAAAUAUUUAACUAAUCACAUUUUGAUUAAUCAUAAUACUCAGAAACAUAUGAAUUAUAAGAAAAGAAUAAAAAUAUGCAUAAAAUUUUAUACAUCAGCAUUCCAUCUUCGGUUUUAUAUGUACUGAAAAUAUCAAUAUACAUCAUUUUCUAAAAUCGAUUGAAUUUUCGUUUUGUUAAUCUUAGGAGAGUGAUGGAUAUUUUUACAUUAUUUAUAAAAUGAUAUUAUUUAAAAAAUUGUUUAAAAAAAAUAAUUAAUAUUUUUUAAAUAGUAAUAUAUUUAUAUGAUCUUAGAAUUUAAUAUUUUUAAUAUAUUUUGAUUAAAUUAUUAUAUAAAUACAUGAUAUUUUUUAUUAUAUAAUUAUUAUAUUAUUCAUACAUCACUCUUCUGUGGAAAUAAAUUAUAGUCUGCGCAUCGUUAUUUCGGUUUCUAACUUCAAUAAUUAAUCUUUAAACAAUAAAAUUAAACUCACCAACAUUUACACCAUAUGCUCUGAAUCUAUAUAUCACUUCUGACUUUUUACAUACAUUAUACAUACAGUAUUCACUUGGAACAUUUAGCAGCCAGUAUACAGUUUACAGCAUCCUUAGCAAGUUGUAUAUGACUAUGUAUUACUAUUAAACGUUACAAUUUCUGAAAUAGAUAAUCUCAUAGUAGAAUGUAGGAUUGUUGUUAACUAGGAUGUCUUACAGUUCAUGACUGUCUUGAAAUAUGAAUAAAAGAAGGAUAGGGAGAACCAUGAUUUUCAAAAGCGAUUUUUCAAACUCGGAACUGUGAUAUUUUGUCAUAUUCUCGUGUAACAUUUUUGCUUGUAUAUUUUUUAAUUAGAAUCGAAGUUUAACUUUGAUUCGUGCAUAAAAUUGGUAGAAAUGAAAAUUAUGAUUGCGGAUGCAGUGUAUUGAAUUGAAAUUAUGCAUUUAUGUUAAUGUAAGUUAAUUGAGAGAGCAAGCACGAGAUUUUUAAUCAAUUUUCCAAAUGGGAUAUCGAGCCGCAUGUAUGUUUAUCAUGGUGCUCCCUUUAAAUAUAUAGGAAAAUUAUUAUAGAAAAUAAGCAUUCAUGCUGAAUACUAUUAUAGUAUGUGUUUUUCAUUGAAUCUGUCACAUGUUUGCUGCGAAAGAUACAUUGGUAUCUUACAUGUUGGUACGUGUUGUGGAUUGUACGUUUUCUAGGUUUUAAGUGUACAGGUUUGACAUAACACGAAUAUUAUCGUGAGAUGUAUUUUUGCAAACAAGCGACAGAAUCUAUUACAAAUACAUACGAGAUUAUAUUUACAAAAAAUAAAACAAUUAUUUUGUCUCUGUUAUAGCUUUUUUGCCAUUUACAUACUUGUAAAUACCCAUUAUUUACAUUUCAUACUUUAUUUAUUACUAUACAUUAUCCAUUCUUAUCGCUUUUUUGAUGUCAAAGUAUUGAUCUUAUGUAAAAUAAAUUGUUUACACUGAUCAAAAUUGUUUUUGAUUGUAGUAUUGUUGCAGAGAAAUUGAAACAUAUUAUAUAUAUAUAUAUAUAUAUUAUAUAUAUAAUUGUUUGUAUGACGUUUAUCUUUACGUCUGACCAAUUGUUUGACUUAAAAUUAAUGUAUGAUGCAUGUAGAUGCGUAGGAUAAAAACUUAAUACUUAUAUGUCAAAAAAGUUAAGGUUGUAAUUAAGAAAUGAAUCUAUCUAUAAAAAUUUCAAUAUACUUGUGGUAGCACGGACAAAACGUUCUUAAUUAUACACUUUUCUCUAUGCAUAUUAUGUGAUUUAAUGUGUCACACACAUGCGCGCGCGCGCGCGCACACACACACACAUACAUACACACACACACACACAGAGCAUAUACACAAGCUGGGUUUAUUGAAAAGUUAUAAUUAAUAAAUAACUUUGUAGGAGAAAAUCUAAUAUUUUUUUUUAUAAAUCAUUUUUCUCUGAUUGUAAUUUUUCUAUAAACCAUGCUACAGUGUACAAAGAAAAUAAAAUCGUUCGAAAUUAAGAGAAAUAAUUUUUUUGUAACAGAUAAGUUAGUUUGAUAACACUAUAUUAAUUUAAUAAAAAAAAUAAACUUAUAUUUGCGUAUGCGCGUCAUAUUGUGUA